AUGGACUCGACAAAAGACGUUAUCCGAAAGCUGGCCAACCUCAACAUCGACUCUUGCGCCCAAACACCAGAGGCAGUUCAAGUCGUUAACGCCUCCCAUCCACCCAGCCCAGAUCAAACACCAGGUCCAGAUCCCUUUGGUCCUGCUUCCCCAGCUGGCUUCCAGACACAAAGCGGCACACAAUCCAGCUUCAGCAACGAUAAACGAACCAAGCCAGAAGAAGCUAUCGCGACUGCAACUUGUACCGACUCAGAGAGUCCCAAGAACAUCAUCCCUUUGCGCAAACCUUCUCGGAACAUCUCCCGUAAUCUCGCCGAAAGUUCUGCCAAGGGCGUUCAGCCUCGCAGUUCCAACCGUCCGCAUACCACCAGCAUCACCACCAAAUGUCGUGAUAGAAUGAGAAUGGGCGUCGUCGACUUUCUUCGACGCGAUGCAUCUAAAGGGGUCAAGCGUUGGUUGCAGGGGAAGGAGAGACGUCAUGACAGUACAAGAAGGGCCACGAGGAUCCAUAGAAGAGGUGCUCUUAGUGAGGGUGUGAGGAAGAGGCUGGGGUUGAAGUUGAAGAGGGAGGAGGCUAGUUUGGGACAGUUGGAGGUGAUUAAGGAGGAAGAGGAGGAGGAAGAGGAGGGGGAGGAUGUGAAGAUGGAAGAGGACAUGAAAAUUGAAGAGGAUACAGUUAUGGCGGAUUGA